AUGCAAGAAAACCACUCAGCUCCUUACCUUGCAGUCGAGAAGAUAAUCCAAAGAAGUCUCAAUUUUAUUGCUUACCAAGAAAUUUCAAAACAAGCAAAACUAUAUUCAUCUGAUAUAUUUUGAAGCACUUUAUUUGAAUUAUGAAAAAUCGGAUUCAGAGAUCAUGAAGUACCUUCAUCAAGAAUAAUUGAUCAAUCCGAUGGCUCAGACGAGCCUCAAAGACCUCCCUUGGAUGCAUGGAAACAUCUCAAAACUCAAGUUAAUAAGAUCAUAAAAAUUGAAGCAGAAUCAAUUUCUGAUGUUGAAAAAUCUCCUCAAUCUAAAAAGUCCCCUACAGCAACAUCUCCAAUGAGAUUACGAACCUUCAAUAGCUCACUAGGAACAGGUGAAAGACUAAAUAGUCUCAGGCAAAAACGAAAAAUACAUCUAAAGAAAAACAAAAAGGAACUAAAGGUGAAACCCCUAAACAUGAAAUCAUUUAUUCAACUUUCUGAAAGUGAAAUUCGCCAGGAUGAUCGCUUAAGGAAAAUUGUCAGUAGACAGAAGAUUAAUCUAAAUACCGAACGCUCACCCUCAGCUAAGACUAAAUAGAAAAAUGCCAAAAACAACAAAAGCUUCAAAUGAAGGAAUGCUUAAAUAACUUCGCUUUUGAUCACAACGGAGUUUUAUUAAGGAAGCCUGAAAAAUAAAUUGCAGCCAGAUAGUUUCCCUGUAUUGUUCAGAAAAGGAUUCAAAUUUUCUCUAAACAAUGGUUCCGAGUCUCAACUAACAACUCAUACACAUUCAAAAGCACCUUUAAGCUUAGAUAAGAGCUCUGCUAUAUUCUCCAAAGUGCCUGAUCAUUUCCAAAAAGAAGAUAAGGCUCAGCCUCGCAUGCUAACCAACAGUAGCAUAGAUUUACACAGAGAUGUGAGAAUGUUCACAGCUGAAGGUGAACGAAAAAGCAAGAAGAGGCUAGAAGAAAGCCUAAACCAAUACGACUCCUUCCUUAAUACAACAAGAAGGAUGUCUCGCAAAGUCUACCAAGAUCGUUUUAAUAAUUCAAAUAUGCUCUGGAAUCCAGAAAUAGACUCAAAAUUUGGCCUUCAAGGCACUUUAGGUGCUAAAAUGGGCAAAUUCAUACCAUUCCACCCCAUAAACGCCCCUCAACCCAACGAAACCUGUGAAAAUAACGCAGAAAACUCGCUCAGAUACUCCCAAUUCAGACAAGGAACAGCCGAAAGGCAAGGGUCCCAAGAAGUUCCCCGAACAAACCCCCACCAAAACCCCAUUCUCCAAUCCAUGAACAACGAAAGUCUUCUCGAAAACACCUCAAACAUGAGCCAACUAAAAGCCAAAAUAUUUUCACAUCAAAAUAGAAGGCACACAAUGAGUUCACGAAGAAAAAUUAAGACUAAAUCAAGCAUCCAUUUAAAAAACAACCAGAUUAUCAGAAGUGGCACUUCUGAUAUAUCUGUACUGAUUAAUUGUGAAGAUCAAGCCAGACAGAAUGUUACUUUUGAAGAGAAACAGAUUUCAAAGCCGAUGACGAAGAGUUAUAGAAGGAAACGGUAUGGCAUCCUGGCUGAUAUGAGAGCGAGUAUGGGGAAGAGGAAAUCUACUAAGAUCCAAAGUUAUCUCAGGAAAGUAUAA